UCAAACCAAGACUUACGCCAAUCAAUUAAAAUUAUAAGCAGUUUUUAAGACAUAAAAAUCCAACUAACCCUGAAAAUAUAUAUUGAUCUUGAAAAAUAAAAAGCCUAUGUACAUCUACGUCUCUCUCUUCGAAUUUUUGCUCAUGAUUGAGGAGUAUGAUCUAGUUAAGCCUGGGUUUGAUGCUUUUAUGGGGUUUUUCUCCGCUUUUCGCUCCUGCUUGGAGUCCAUAAAACCGGGCGGGACCGCUGGCUCGACCGCCCCUGACGACGGCGAUGACGUUCUUGAAUCAUUUGAUCUCUUCUUUGAACUCAAUACUCUCCAAAUCGCUACCAAUUUCUUUUCCGAGUUAAAUAAACUCGGCCACGGAGGCUUCGGCCCGGUUUACAAGGGACUGAUGUCGAAUGGACAAGAAAUAGCUGUGAAAAAGCUAUCACUGACUUCAAGACAGGGAGUGAGAGAAUUUACAAAUGAGGUGAAAUUGUUACUGAGACUUCAGCACAAAAACUUGGUGACACUGCUGGGUUGUUGUGUGGAAGGACCAGAGAAGAUGCUCGUUUACGAGUAUUUGCCAAACAAAAGUUUGGAUUAUUUUCUUUUUGAUAAAAAGAAGUCUGCAUCUUUGGAUUGGACAACACGAUUUCGGAUAGUUAUGGGUGUGGCUAGAGGUCUUCUCUACCUGCAUGAAGAGGCUCCAGAAAGGAUCAUCCAUAGGGACAUUAAAGCUAGCAACAUAUUAUUGGAUGAAAAACUCAAUCCAAAAAUCUCAGAUUUUGGCUUGGCUAGACUCUUUCCUGGCGAGGACACCCAUAUAAAUACAUUUAGGAUUUCUGGUACUCGUGGUUACAUGGCUCCCGAAUAUGCAAUGCGUGGAUUUUUAUCUGUGAAGACAGAUGUGUUCAGUUACGGGAUCUUGGUACUAGAGAUUGUAAGUGGUAGAAAGAAUCAUGAUACGCAUCUUCCUGGAGAAAAGUCAGACCUCCUGAAUUAUACAUGGAUGCUAUAUCAAGGAGGAAAAGCACUAGACAUUCUUGACCCGAACCUCACCAAGUGCAAUCGCGAUGAGGCUGCAAUGUGCAUUCAACUGGGAUUGUUGUGUUGUCAAGCAGCUGUUGUUGAGAGGCCUGACAUGAACGCUGUUCAUCUCAUGCUCUCAAGUGACUCAUUUACUUUGCCCAGACCAACGAAACCUGGAAUCCAGGGUCGUGUAGGACGAUGGACGACGACUGCCUCUACUUCAGCUUUUACAAAUACAAACCCCAGUAGUGGAUACACUGGUGGCACAAAGGCUUCUGCUAGUGGCAGCAUUAUUGUUGAGGAGUGUUCUAGAAACUCUAUGUCUGUUUCUUCUAUAGAUGAAGGCAGAUGAAAUAUUUUUGUAAAGUCUCGUUAGAUGCUCAAUUUUACCAUGUAAAGUUUUUAUAUAUAUAUUUAUAUAUAUAUAUAUAUAUAAUUCUUCAGACAGAUGAUACAAAUAGUUUCAAUUCGUUUUUAGUGAAAUUGUUUUUUUUAGAAGUAAAAUUGGCAAGUUGAGCAGGCUGCACUGUUAUCAUCAUAUUAAAUAUAGUAAGAGGACUAAGAGCACUCCCAAUAGAUUCUUUACACGUGUCUUGAAGUGUGCUUUUAGAGAGAAACAAGGGAGAGAGGCUAUGUGGAAGAAAAAAAAAAGGAAAGCUAUAACACCAGCACGUCUCGGCGUGCCAGCCAGCCUUUGUUUGGGAGCUUGGGGAUUAGGCUCCCCUUUUUACUGAGGUAUUAGAUUUGGUGGAUGUUUACGAAAUUUUGGUGUUGACAAGGCAGAUUUGGUGAGGGGAAGUCUGAUGGUCUCUUUCUCUUUGUGGUUUUCUUCUCUCUAGCGAUGCUCAUGAGGACGUGCAGCGGGGCUCCUUUGGCCGAGUAAUGGGGAGUGGCAGUAGAGGAUUGGAUGACAGUGCGACGUCUUCAUAUUUUGUUCUUCUGUGUCUUUGGGAAGCCUUCUCCUCCACUGUAUGUUUGUUGAUAUUGAUUCUAACUUUGUUAUCUUUGUUUUCUAUCAUUUACUUUUGGGUUGUAACUUUGUGUGGGAUUGGUAGUAAGUAUCCUAGAUUUGUUUCAUUGUUUACAAUCUUGGAUAGUAUGGUUUGUGUAGACAAUCAUGGUUUUUUGCAUGUUUGUCAUUGUAUGUCGAUUUAUCGGCUUUUAUUAUAACUUAAUUGCCUUUUAGGAUAGUGAUUUAUCAUUUUGGCUUAUUGGAUAGUUGUAUUAAGCUUAGUCAUUUGUUCUCUAUUGAAUGGAUACGGCU